CGUUGCUAUACUUUUUAGUGGUGAAGUUUUUCGUGAAGUUUUUAUCCAAGUUCAUUUCUUUAACUUCCCUAUCUCCACGUAAAGUGUAGAUGGAUGUUGAAACCGGACUUCGCGACGACGAAAUUAACCCGGUAAUGAAACGGUCGCAUCAUUCGCGCCUUGCUACAGUGGACGCGGCUGGUGGCCACAGCCUUGUCGAAGGGGUGGAUGUCCAUGACACGCAGGAUACCGAGCAACACACCGAAAACGAGAACUCUAUGGAAGACCAUGAACCUGCUGAGCUCGUAGAGCCCGGUGAAGAAGCGGUAGAAGACGAUGCAGAAAUUGCCGCAGCCGUCGGUGAGGAGGAAAGCGGCGAUCAGACGCCAAUCUAUUGCAUUCUGUGUGACGCUGAAAUUCGUGGCAAGUGGGCGUAUCGUAAGCAUAUUAUUAAGCACCAAGAAGCUGCCCAGCGGGGCCAGGAUCCGACAGAAGAGCUGCUCGUACCGUUCAAUCAAAACAAGCAGGAGGAGUCGCCCCUGACGUAUACUUUACGUUGCACCGUGUGCAGUUUUGUUACGAACGUUCCCCGCGACCUAGAAAAACACUAUCACACCCAUUUCGUCGGCUAUCGAUGUCUGCUCUGCAAGUUCACGACGCUGCACCGAACCCGGUUGGCGGCCCACUAUCCAUUACACAAAAAAGAAAGAGCCCGAUUUGAAUGCCGCAUGUGCGGCGCGACCUUGUCAUCGACCAGUGCAUUGAAGAAGCAUGUGGCCCGUCACUCAGAGGGGACGAUUUGCUGUAGCAUGUGUGAGUAUAAAACAUAUGAUCAGUUUCUGUUACGGGAACAUUUGGCCACAAAGCAUAACGAGGUUCGUAAGAAGUACAAGUGUGAGCACUGCGACAAGGAGUUUGGAACGUUUAAGCGGUUUUUCCAGCAUCGACAGGAAGCGCACAAAGGCUUCGUGUACAAGAGGCAGGUCGACCCGAAAAUCUGCGACAGGUGUGACUUCCAAUCGACGAAAGUUAAAGAGAUGAACGCUCAUAAGCUCAGUCAUCAGGGUAUGGUCGAUGUUCUGCCAAAUGGGCGAUAUCUAUGCAGAAUACAGGGAUGUUCCGAUACGUUUAGCAGCGCUACCAAAUACGAAAUGCACUUCACCAAAGUGCACGACAAAAAUAACAUCUACGGGCUGCGAUCGGAACGAGGGAGAAGCUGUAAAGUUGAGGGGUGCUCGUUCACAACGGUGAGAGAGUCUCACCUAAAGCUACAUAUGAGGGUUCAUCGGACUCAGCAAACGAAAGGCACUGAUUUGACAGAAGGAGGUGAAACUGCUCAAACGGCGACGCACGUCGCGCCACCACCGGCAAAAGCUGAAAAGAAGAAACGCGCCCAAGGAACUUGCCACAUCUGCAUGGCAAAGUUCAGCGACAAAUACAAAGUACGCAGCCACAUUGAGACUGUUCACAGCAAUCUGAAGCCGCACGAAUGUGAUAUGUGCUGCUAUAGAACGGCGUACAAGUACAACAUGAAGAUCCACAUGAAAAAGCUCCAUAACACCGAAUACGGCACGACGGCCGCGGCAGUUGCUGCUACGACAAUGAAGGGAGCAGUUGAGGCUGGCCUGGACUCAAAUCAGGCGUUGGCCACAUUUCAGGACCAGGUGGCCAUUGGUGCCACGACGGCACAAGCGGCUGCCGCGGCGUUGGGUGUUGGGGUCGUAGGAAUGAGCGCUGCGCCCUCGACUGUGACGUUUUUGCAAACUGCACCAACGACUGCACCCGCAGUCACAACAAUAACUGUUCCGGGAUCGACGUCUGUGACAGGGCAACCAGCACAUGAACAGCCUGAUUAUCAGCAGGAAUACGAGUCGGGAUCCGAGUACGAACCGGAAUGGACUACAGAAUAGACUGUUAGUUAGGGUAUUUUACGAAACAUUUUGUUUAAUUAACUUAUUGUUGUGGGGUUUGGUUGCUUUUUUCUAGUUUUGGCCGUUGGAGGCGCUUACUUGUCACAAUGGGUGUUGCUAAAAUAAAGCCUUUGUUUUCUAAAUAUCCAUGGAUGAGGGAUUCGCUUAAGUCAAGUACUGGUUGAUUGCUAAUUUAACUUACACAAUGUGUAAAUGAUUAUUUUUUUAGUGCUGAGACAUAUAAAAAAAUAGUGAAUGUUGUUUUGAGUGAAGUGUGUUUAGGUAGCGGAUCCCUAUGGUUUGUCCUGUAAUCCAUUUCAGCCCAUGGGCGUUCCACACACAGUUGAUAUCAGGCCAUGGUGUUUUCCACAACGGACUAUAGUGUUCCGUCCAAAUAUGGUAGUAAAAAACUAGCCGAAAUGAAUAAAUAGGUUCUCGAAGUUAACUAACAAAUGGGAGAUUGAAAACUGGACACCAUUUUCAGUGGUCCAUGCUUCGUAAUCGAUGUUUACGUCUUUUGUACCUUUGUUUGCUCUAUAUAAAAUCAUGUUUAAUGUAUUGGAAAACCUGUUUGAUAGAUGCGAAAGCCUGCAGACAACGCUCACUUUAACAUGCUAAAUUGCUUCGCUUUCACCGUUAAUAGACUCGGUGCAAGCAAGCUAAGUAUCAGUAGAAGAUUGUCUAUUAAGCCAAUGCUGCUACACCAUUGAAGCUCUAGUUAAGCAAUAUAGAUUAUAAAAACUUUAUGCAAUUAUUGAUCUGUGGAUGUGUUUGAGUGAUCUCUACGUUUUUGUUGUCCGUCUCUUGAAACUAUAUCCGGUUGUUAUCGUUCAUUAUACCGAAUCAUGUAUAGUGCCGCAUAAUAUUAUAGAUUAAUAUCCUAUGAUAAUAAGACACAUAUAUAUAUAUACAAUUUUUUUGGUUGUAUCAUUGAAAAACAUGGGUUAUUGUCUAUUUAACAGGGCUAAUAGCUGAAACGAAGUAUAACAAAAAUUGCACUAAUUUAUCAAAAGACGUUUGUGACCUAUUUCACCGACGUAGUAAAUGUAACAAUUCAAUAACGAGCGCGCAAAACACUUGGAUAUGAAGUGGCAACGCGAGGGGGCAAAAGGUCUUUGAAACUACAAUGUACAUUGUAUGAGGCAUGUAUUAUAGUAGACUGUAUGCCAAAAAAAAUCAUAGGACGUAAAUGAAUAAACAAAUAGGAACAAAUAUGCCAGAGAUUGUACAAAUGGGACUGAGAAUCUCAAAAGUGGCCGCCUCUUCUAUAUGAAUAUGUCUCAAAUAAAGCAACGUAUGUAACGUAAGGUUACUGCAUCGUUAAUAUGCAUCAGCUCGAUCCGUCUUCUAUUUAAUUUCUAGUUAUUAAACUAUAUAUAUGCACAAAGAGUUAGCAGUAGUAAUCUGCUAGCAUUUUGUUGCUUCUAAGGCCCAUUAAUAAAGCGUUUCGUUUUUUCUUACUAACAAUUGUGCCAGUUAUCUUUAUAGAUUUGAAUAAAUACUUGGCCUAAUUUUUGUUGCCUUAAAUUGGAAAAUAAUAUUCACUCAAGAUUUUUUCAGUGAGAUUAAUACUAUUUAUAAGUAUGGCCGCGUCACUG